AUGUCCUCACGCCCCCUCGCAUUCGUCGCCGUCGUCGUCCUCGCACUGCUCAACGCGUGGAUAGACGUCCUCCACGUCCGCGCGACGCACCGCGCCGCCUCCAAGCGGAGCCCCCCAUUGAGCCACUACACGUUCGUCGACGAAGACCUCCCGCCGCUCAUGCCCGUCCCCGCCGCCGAGCGCGCGGUCCUGCUGCUCCCGGAAGACUCGCAGCGGUACCCGCUCUGGGCCCCGCAGGCGACGCAGGAGUGGAUGUUCACCGCGACCGCGGGCGACGGCAACGUGCACUUCGGCGCGAACCGCCGGAUGCUCGUCGUCGCCGAGUCGCACAUGCUCCACUGCCUGCGCUCCGUGCGCACCGCGCUCGCGCAGGACGCGCCGCCGAGCGCGGGCGGCCACCAGAUGGGCCACCUCGCGCACUGCGUCAACUUCAUCCGCCAGUCCGUGCUCUGCUCCGCGGACGCGACGCUCGAGCCCCCGGACGCGUUCGCGCGCAACUACACACGCGAGCCCGCGGGGAACGGCGCGCACGUCUGCAAGGACUUUGACGCGUUCUACGGCGAGAUGAAGGGGAACUAUCUGGCGUGGACGGCGUACCAGAAGGGGCUCGCCGCGCAGGAGGCGGUGGCUGAGGAGACGGUGCUCCCGGCGGAGCACCACCAUCGUGACUGGUAG